AUGUCGCUGGCGCGACAGAACAAUUUCACAGUAAACAUGGCCACCGAGCCAACGCAUCUGGACGGAUUGGCCAUCGUGAUCGCCACCCUCGGCCUGUUCAGCAACGCGUUGGUGCUGGUGACUGCGGUGAAGAGUCUCUUCCUCCAGCGUAAGGCCACCUUCCUGAUCGGCCAUCAGGCCGGCGUCAAUUGUGCCUUCUGCCUUGUCAUCAUCCUUCUUGGCGCCAUUCGUUUUCCCGGCAUCAUCGAACUUUCCAUUGUCAUGCCGACCACAGGUUAUGCCAUGACCAACCUGUUCUUCUGCUACCUCUGGAUCAGUGAACUGUUGCCAUGGCUACUAAUUGGUGUGUCGGCCUACAGUCUCUUCCUGCUCGCCGUGGACCGUUGCCUCGCCGUCGUCCGACCGGUCGGCUAUCGAGCCUCUCGACGCAUCCGUGUCUACAUAUUCGCCUACGCGGUCGUCUACUUGACCAGUUUUGCUCUCUGCUGUCCUGUCUGGCUGGACUCGGUCCAUUUCUCCGAUUGUUUCUGCUACCUGAUGGGUCGUGAGGGCGAGACGAUCGGUCUCUUCCACACACCGGCCUACCUGGUGAUGGGAUUUUUCACGCUCGCCUUCAUGUUUCUCGUCCCCGCCGUCGGCAUGACGGUCAGUUACAGCGUUACGGUGAUCCAGUUCAACCGGCUGAACCGACAGACUCGAGCUCUGACCGAGCAGAAGAGAACUGCCGCAACGGCGACGGCGACGGCGACAGCAACGGCGACAGCGACGGCGACGGCGACGGUGGCAGAGGUCUCGGCUUCCGAUGAAUUGGGCACAAGUGGUGUGGCGCAAACGAGCCGUACGAGACCGGUCGAGUUGCUGGCCUUGGGAGGCCUCGAACCUGGCAAGAGGACAUUGAGCAGGAAGGAGGCACAAGAGUUGCGAAUGUCCUCGCUGGAGGAGUCGCGUCAGAAGAUGAGACGUCAACUGUUGACGGCUGCUGUCGCUGUCACGAGCGUCUUCAUCUUCUCCAUGGUCUAUCCGAUCUGUCGGUUGGCCUACAAGCUGACAAUACAUCGGUCGCUGGCCGGACACACAGAGACGGCCGACGCCAUCGCAUUUGUCUGUAUCACAGUGCAGUCGAUCAGUCCAGUUGUAUACAGUUUGUGUGUACAACGCUUUCGGCAUGCCAUAGUACAGACGCUCGUCACACCGUUCGGCCUCUUCAAGUGGAAAAGACGACAGAACGAACUCUUCACCGAUCAGGUGAGCCAAUCAGCCACGAGGUCGAGUCCCGCAGACAGACACUGA